AUGCAUUCAUCCAUCUGGUACCAUCUGCUGGCAUACAGUCUGCCACUCACACUCGGUGCCGCUGCUUCCGACGACUCCAAGGCGAAGAAGGAGAACCACGUUCCCUGUACCAUCCGCUCCCCAACAUCUGGCGCCUUCUUCGACCUCAACCCCAUACACGUCCUUCUGCCCGAGGACCCCAAGAAAGCGAGUAAAGAUGCCCGAAACGAGUCUUGGUCUGCGCGUGGCUACGACUAUGGCGCCAACUUUACUCUCAACUUCUGCGGUCCAGUAGUCGAGAAUCUGACCAAUGUCGUUGGUGUUGAUGAGGCGAGGUGGCAGAAUGUCAGCGCUUUCUACAUGUUGGACGGAAAGACAUACAGCAUAGGCCAACAAAGCUCCGAGCCCAUCUUCCGUGGCCGCAAACUCGUCCUGAAUUAUACCGAUGGUUCGCCAUGCCCGGACCCUCCCACAUCCUCCCUCAGCCCACGAGGAAUUAUCGGCGACGACGAUGAUGACGAUGACCGAGAUGACAAGGACCGCAAACACAAAGACGAUGGAGACGACAAGGGGAGCAGAAAGGGAGGCAGCAAGGAGCCCUCGACCCACCUGACCCGUCGCAAGAACACAAUCAUCUCUCUGCUCUGCAACACAGACCCUCUGGCUCCCCUCAACACCGUUUCCUUUGUUGCCUCUCCCGAUAGCUGCACCUAUAUCUUCGAGGCCCGCUCCUCGGCAGCCUGUGGAGGUAUCGAGGUUGCUAAGCAGCAACUCGGUCCCAGCGGCGUUUUCGGUGUCAUCGCCUUGAUUGCCGUCAUAGUAUACGUUGUCGGUGGUUGCGUAUACCAGCGCACCGUCAUGCACCAAAGAGGCUGGAGGCAGUUGCCAAACUACUCGCUCUGGGCCGGUAUUGCUAGUUUCGUCUCGGACAUGUUCAUCAUUCUCUUCUCCUCAUGCGCACGCUUCUUGCCAGGACGCAAGGGCUACAGCCGAGUAGGCAACAACUUCAACGGCUCCAGCGCCGGAAGACGCGGUCGUUCAAACUCGGACGACGAGAACAGAUUGAUCGACCAACUCGACGAGGAAUGGGAAGACUAG